AUGCCUGCCAACGCCAAAUGGCCCGAUUUCCAGCUGGCUUCCAAAUUGCGCUAUUUCAUGGGCUCAAGUGCACCUGAGUCGACUCAAUCGGAAACGACUUCACAGCUCGACCCAGCAAAACGCGAGCAACUCGAAUCUGCCCAGGAAGGCGAAGGCGAUCAAGAUCUGGGAGGCGAGGGAUACACUGCCUCAAUGGCUGAGAUUGAUGACGCUCGUGUCGAGGAGAUGGAAGAUGUUGACAACUACCCUGACGAAGGCGAAACUGCCGACGUCGAUGUCGACUUUGGCGAUCUCGAAAUUGAUAUCGCGAAACGCGCCAAAUCUACCACCUCAAAGCGCAAGAAAUCGAAGAGAAAGUCUUUGCAGCAUACCGAAAUCGCCGAGGAUGAGCCAACCGACGCAAAUCAAUACACAACGAGUGCUCCCACCGCUGCCGAGGAUGACGAACGAGGACCCGAUGCGCUUGAAGAUGCUACCACCGAGAUGGAUGCACUGGACUUGGUGCAGGCCCAAGCCUCUCAAAAGAAGAAGAAGAAACGGAAAGGGUCCGACUCCGUGGACGGCAAGCGAAACAAGAAGAGAAAGGGCAUUGAAGAUGCCCACCCGGCUGCUGAGCAGACGCAAGACGAGACCGAGAACCUGGAUGCCAGAAACAAUGCCGCCAGUCCCCAACUCGGCACUGCAAUUGAGGAUGAUGUCGCUGAUGCCGAUGAGCAAUUGUCGCCCAGCGUUGCCCGUGCUCGCCGUCGCAGCCAGACGGGAGAGGAAACUCGCUCGAGGGAGAAUAGUGUACCUUUCCGAGCUCAAGUUGCCCCCAUGGCUCCCAUGGCAAUUGAUUCGCUUCCGCAAGAAGAAGCCUCAAAUGACCAGCGAGACACAUCUGGUGACCACGUAGAUGAUCGUGAUGACGAGGAAAUGCUCAACAUCGCGCGACAGGUAUGGAGAGAGCAUAAGAGUAGCCAACAUGAAGCGAGCAAUGGGGCAAACGAAACGAACCUUGAUCAGAAUGCAACCGGUGUCAACGGCUCUGGAGAUUCUGCUCAAGCAGAGGAGCAGCCAACUGAAAGCCCAGCACGACGGCGAUCUACGAGAACAAAGGUGAAACCUGUGUUGCUUGUGCAGGAGACCAAAACGGAGACGCCUUCCAAGAAGAACCGUCAAGCACUUGGAGAGCUGCCGUCCCCCUCCGCCAACACACCAAAGCCGAGAGCCCGGGCUAAGCGUGCUACUAAGAAACAGACGCAGCAGCCCUUGCAGCCCUUGGAAGAGGAUGCUGAAAACGCAGAAUACGAAGAGCCAACGGCGAGAACAGGCGAUUCGGGAAAUUACACGCAAGGACGAUUCACAGAAGCUGAAUUCGACGGCAUUGCCCGCGUUAUUGAACAGUUCCGCGACGAAUAUGGAAUGACCCAGGCUGAAGUUAAUCAGAUGAUCCAAGCACCUGGAGGUACAACAGCCGGUGAUGCUCAUGCACGCCUCUGGUACCGCCUCUUUGAAGUGUGCCCUGACCGCAAGAGGCAAAAGGUCAUCAACGUUGCGCGCAAAAAAUACCAUAAUUUUGUUGCACGAGGAACAUGGACACCGGAACAAGAUGAAGAGCUUUCUCAGCUCAUUGCCGUGCAUGGAAACAAAUGGUCCGAAAUUGCUGGUCUCAUCAACCGCCAUCCUGAGGAUGUACGAGAUCGGUAUCGCAAUUACAUUGUGUGCGGCCCGUACCAACGUAAGGAUGUGUGGAGCGAAGAAGAAGAGCAGCUGCUGUCACAGGUUGUCGAAGAGGCAGUGGAGGCUAUUGAAGAAUUUCGAAAAGUACACCCCAACAAUCCCAUAUACAAGAAAAACAUUGAGGACAUAAUCGACUGGCAAGAUAUCAGCAAGAAUAUGGAAAGAAAGCGGAGCCGGCUGCAAUGCAUCACAAAGUGGAAGGCAAUGCAGAAUCGCCUUUCUGGGAAGAAGAAGGAUAAGAAGUCUGCCUCCGAGAAGAAGCCCGCCUCCGAGAAGAAAAAACCUCGUCAACAACUCGCAAGUAUGCAUGAAGAGGAGCAAUACCGUUUGGUGUUGGCAAUCCAACAGGCCUCUGUCCUUUUAGACGCUGAUAUUCCUUGGGCAAAACUCCUUGAUAAGAAAUUCCGCGGCCAAUGGAGUCUUCACACUCAGGUAUUGCUCUGGGACCGUCUGAAACAGACAGUCCCCGGCUGGGAAUCUUUGACAGUACUAGACGUUGCGCAACACAUCAUCAACGAAUAUAACCGAACGGGAGGCCUGCCUGAAAUCAAUGGCAGUGGCUACGAUGAUGAUGAGCGAGAGAAAGAAAUUCUUCAGCAACUUCGUUUCCGAAACAGGCCAGCACCAGCACCAACACCGAAAAGUGCCGAGUUUGUCGAGGAUUCUGGUGCAGAGGAGACUGGGGCAGCUGAAAACAACAAGGCUGACAUAACUAUUGAUCCAGCCUUGAUGGAAGCGCCACCGCCUUCACCUCCAAAGGCCACGCCCAAACCAAAGAAGAAGACGUACUCCAGGAAGGGUAAGUCGAAAAAGGCGACUCUUGACAUCCAGGACCCUAUCGAAGACAGCGAACCGGCUAUAACCUUAGCUGCUGCUGAUGAGGGCGAAGAGUCAAAUCUCGAGGAAGCGCAGACUCCACAGAUAAUGAUUCCCAAGAAAUUCAUGGCGACCAAGGGCAGAAAGGAGGAAAACGGCGUUGCUGCUCUGCCGGCGGAGCCUUACUCAGACAGCGAUAUGGAUGACAUGGAAGAUCUCCCGGCCAAGAUUCUGGCCUAA